CAAUACUCGGCGAUAGUUUGACAGUUCUACUAAGUUUACAUAUUCGCACACGUGCCGCAAAUUUAUAUAUUUAUAAUAAAUUUAACUUUGUUGAAUAACAGUGAAAAAUAAAACAUCCACAAUGAAAAAGAAGCAGCAAAAUAAUGUUGUGGAUUCCGAUAGUGACUCUAGCUUUGACGAAGAAGAGCCACAAGCAAUAGGAGCACUCGACGAGAGUAGCUCGAGUUACGAACAGAACCUUCCUUCAACCAGCAAGGCUAAGAAGUCUACGAUAAAAUCCAAAACUGCAACACCUUCUGCGGGAGAUGAUAGUGAUGGACAGGAGGAAAAUAUGGAUGACGGAGAUGAAAGUAAAGACAUUACUAAAAGUAAAGGUGCGGAUGAUGAGAACGAAGAUAAAAGUGAUGACGAUGUCAAAAGUCAAAGUGAUGAUGAAGAAAUUGAAUCAGAAGUUCGUAUGCCCGUUAUAAAUCCUUUGGCACUAAUUAAAAACAAGGACCAGCGUAUGGCACUGUAUCGGAAAAUGAAAAAAGAGAAACAUAAACAAAAAAUGAAAGAAAGACGUGCACGGCGUAAAGCUGGAUUACCCGCAAAUCCUGGUCACACUAUAGAAAGCUUACGAGAAAAAGAUCAAACGACGGUGACCAAUUUAGAUGACUCAGAUAACGAGGAAUUACGUCGAGAAUUAGAAACGGACGAUUUUAGUUCAUAUUUUCAGCGAAGCUAUGAGCCGAAAGUAUUGAUUACUUACGCCGAUAAUCCUGUUACAAAAACCAGAAAGUUUGGCCUGGAACUAAGCCGCAUCUUUCCGAAUGCACUGGUUAAAAUACGAAAUAGAUCUUCGGUUAAAAAUAUAUGUAAGAGUGCUAUACGCGAGGAGUACACUGAUGUAGUAAUCAUCAAUGAGGACCGCCGCAAACCGAAUGGUCUGCUUGUAAUACAUCUACCAGAUGGGCCGACGGCGCAUUUUAAAGUAUCUAAUGUUAAAUUAACAUCAGAUAUCAAACGCAAUCAUAAAGAGAUAACGAAACAUAGACCCGAAGUAAUAUUGACAAACUUUACCACAAGACUAGGUCUAACUGUUGGCCGUAUGUUGGGUGCCUUGUUCCACCAUGAUCCUGAGUUUAAAGGACGACGUGCAGUUACUUUCCACAAUCAACGCGAUUAUAUAUUUUUCAGACAUCAUCGCUAUGAGUUCACAAAAGAAGGAAAACGUGUAAAUUUACGUGAAUUAGGACCACGUUUUACAUUGAAAUUACGUUCCCUCCAGGAGGGUUUAUUCGACAGCAAAACGGGGGAUUACUCAUGGAUUAUUACAAACAAACGGCAUGCAAUGGAGGCUUCUCGACGUCGUUUCUUCCUAUGAAGUUUUACUCUGGUUAGGAUUAAUUGUACAAAAUAUAGAAUUUGAAAAUUAAAAUAAAUCACUUGCAUUACUGUUUUUUUCACCAUAAA